AUGUGUGUUGCAAGCAUUUGUUUAAUAACUGAUUUACAAUCAUUUCCAGAUGGUGAUUCAACAGUCAUAGGAGGAAAAGGAGUAAAUUUGAGUGAAGGACAAAAAGCUCGUGUCUCACUUGCUCGAACUUUAUACACUGACGCUGAUAUUUAUUUGUUUGAUGAUCCACUAGCAGCUGUUGAUUCAACAGUUGCUAGAAAAAUUUUCCAACAGUGCAUUAGUAAUGAAAGUAUGUUAAAUGAUAAAACACGCUUAUUAGUUACACAUCAAAUACAAUUUUUAUCCGAAUUUGAUCAUUGUAUUUUAUUAGAUCAUGGUCAAAUAGAGAAACAAGGUUUAUUUGAUGAAUUACUAACAAUAGAUAAAGUUAAGCAAUGCUACGAAAAUCAUCUAAAACAUACAAACGAAACAGGAAAAAGUCGUAGACAAAAUCAUAAUAAUGUUUGUGAUGAUGAUGAUGAUUCUAUGAAGCCAUCGGAAACUGUUAAUAAAAGUAGUAUUGUCAUAGAAGAAACAUCUAUUGGCGGAAAAGUUAGUACCUAUGUUUGGUUUAAAUUAUUUACUGCUAGUUAUGGCUGGGCUGAAUGCAUAUUAUUGAUUUUUUUAAUGUUGUUGGGUCAAGAUCUUUAUGAUGUAACUAACAAAUGGUUAAGUAUAUGGUUAUCAAAGUUGGAAGUAGAGCAACGCAAAAGUUAG